CAUUGGUAGUAUGAAUCUGUGCACUGCGCUGUAUACAUAGUCACUUGUAGGAAUCGUCGACACCGAGUUCGACAUCUGUUCACAAAUCUUGUAGAAGCGUGCGCGUGCGUGUAUUUGUAUGAGCAUACGUACAAAGAAAAAGAGAAACAGAUAAAGAGAGGCAAUAAAAAUAAAGAGAGAAAAGGAUAUAAAAAGAAAUUAAGAAAGAAGUGGAUAAAGUAUUCUUACGCGGAUCGUGCGUGCGAUUUAUGCAAAAUCUCGUGCAUAACGUGGAUGUAUUGACACAAGGAUUAAAAUACAGUAUAUCAGGACUAAUGAACCUCGCAAAUCAGACUACUGAUCCUCAAAGUCGUGUUUUCUUUGUUAACUUCAAUCAGGAUUGCACAUCUUUGGCAGUAGGAUCAAAGGCAGGCUACAAACUUUUUUCUUUAAGCUCUGUUGACCAUCUUGAGAAAAUAUAUGAAAAUGAUACUGAAGACAUAUACAUUGUUGAACGACUAUUCAGCAGCAGUCUUGUGGCGGUAGUUAGUUUAAGAUCGCCUCGUAAACUCAAAGUUUGUCACUUUAGGAAGGGCACCGAAAUUUGCCAUUAUAGUUAUUCUAAUACUAUUUUGGCUGUAAAAUUGAAUAGGGCAAGAUUAGUGGUAUGUCUGGAAGAAUCAUUAUAUAUUCAUAACAUAAGAGACAUGAAAGUGUUACACACAAUUCGUGAUACUCCACCUAAUUUAGCAGGUCUGUGUACACUAUCAAUAAAUAGUGAUAAUUGCUAUUUAGCUUAUCCAGGUUCAAACACAAUUGGUGAAGUUCAAAUAUUUGAUGCAAUUAAUCUUCAAGCUAAAACUAUGAUUCCUGCGCAUGACAGCCCAUUGGCAGCACUUGCAUUUAGCCCUAAUGGUACCAAAGUAGCUACUGCUUCCGAAAAGGGUACUGUAAUUAGAGUUUUCCAUGUUCAUGAUGGUACAAAACUGUUUGAGUUUCGUCGUGGAGUUAAGCGAUGCGUAUCUAUAAGCAGUCUUGCUUUUAGUGUGGACUCUAUGUUUCUUUGUUGUUCAAGUAAUACAGAAACAGUGCAUAUUUUCAAGUUGGAAGAACCAAAGGAAGCAUUGCGGCAAACAACAGAGGAAUCACAAACUUGGAUGGGAUACUUAACAAAGGCUGUAUCUGCAUCAGCUAAUUAUUUACCUUCACAAGUAACUGAUGUUUUCAAUCAAGGACGUGCCUUUGCUAGCGUCCAUUUGCCAUUUCAAGGAUUAAAAAAUGUUUGUGCCAUCACAGUCGUACAUAAAGUACUUAGGUUGUUGGUGGCUAGUGCUGAGGGUUAUUUGUAUGUUUAUAAUUUGGACUCAACUGAAGGUGGAGAUUGUACAUUGCUUAAACAACAUAGACUAGACGGUAAACGAGAUGAAGUGGAUUGUGCUAGUGCGUCUACAGCAGGAUCUACAGAACCUCCUUCAGGAACGAAUACUGCACGAAUAGUACAAAAUACAGCCUGCAUAAAUAGCUACGCGGGUGUGUUGCGCGGCCGCUCGCCAGACUCCAUGUCAGAGUCAGAAAAGUAUCACGAGAUGAUAGCAGCAACUGAGAGUCCGCCAGGCUUUUCGGGUUCCUUCCGUUUAAAAGAUGAUGCUGAAUUUCCACCUGUUACGCAAAGGACGGAUUGAGUGUAAUAAUUGAGGCAUAUCAAAAAUUAUGACAAUGAAUUAUAUCUAACAGUGAUUGAAAUUAGAACACUGAAUACAGAUCAACUAUGAAUCUAUAAUCAUAGCUAAUGUUGCAAAUUCAGGGAAGCAACAAAUUCUUUUUUAAUGAAAAUAUUAUAAAGAAACAGUGAUGAAUUUAUAUAAGUUAUAUAAAUACUAAAGCUAUCAUAUACCUAGAUAUUCAUAUCGUAUCAAAAGUUAAUAACUUGAAAGAAUUCUUAUGAUACUUUUAGUUUCAGUUUUUCAAGUCAGUAUUUUAUAUUAGAAUUCUAUCAUCAUCAAAGAGCAUGCAGUUGAUUUUAGAAAGUUUAGUAAUUUAAUGAUGGUUACUGCAAUGCUUAAAAGAAAAUACAUUGAAAAAAUUCAAGAUGUAAUAUGCUUAAAAAUAUUUAGCAAAAAUGUUUAACAUAAACUUAUGUGAAACAAUGUAGACAUUUAAGUAUUUUUACUAUGAAUUAUUAAAACAAUGUUUAUAACAAGAUACUACAUACAUUAGGCAUGCAAAAACAUUUUUUUCAGUACAUAAUAUUCUUAUUGAAUGUUUUGUACUUAUUUUUAUUGAAUUACUGUAUUUUGUAAUUAUAUAUUGUCAUAUUCUGUGUGUUCAGUGACUAAUAAAACAACCUCUUAUUCUUUUAAGAAAUAUUAUAAAUUGACGUUUUGGGAAAAGUAUAAUACUUACAUGUUUUUAACAAACUUGUUCAUGAAUAUUUUUCAAAAAUGGAAUAUUCUGAAAAUACUUGUGAUAACAUAUUUCAUGUUUUCUUUAUAUACGAAAUACUUCAUAUAAUGUAAAUGUGAAAAAUAGAUUUAUAUAAACAGUUAUAUAUAAAAUGAGAUGAAUUUUAUUAUAUUUGAAUUUUUAUUCAAGUUAAAAUUAUUUUGAACAUAAAAUAUUUACAAUGCGUAUGAAGACAUCUUUCAGGAAACAAUAUAAUUAAAUAUCAUUUAUUAAACCAAGACAUUGAAAAAAUUUUCUUUUCUUUUCAAUUAUUGUACUUUAUUCAUUGUAUAAUAAUGCAAUUGUUAU